AUGCAUUUUCUCUUUCUCAGAUUCUCUCUCUCUUUCUCUCUCUCUCUCUCUCUCUCUCUUUAUGUGCCUUUUUCUUUGUUUUCAUUCUUUUUCUACCGUUCUUUUCCCCUUCUUUCUUUCUUUCUUUCUUUCUAUUUUCCCUUUCUCUAUCUAUCUAUCUAUCUAUCUAUCUAUCUAUUUUCUACCUCUCUCUAUUUCCCAUGCUCUUUCCCUUUUUUCUUAAUAUUUCUUUUUUAUUUUAGUUUUCGAUUUUUUUUUUUUCAGUUUAGAUUUCUUUCUUUCUCCCGUUUCAUUCAUUUAUUCAUUAUUUCUUUCUUUCUUUUUCUUUUCUCUCUCUUUCUCACAUUUCUUUCUUUCCCGCCUUUCUUUCAUUCAUUUCUUUCCCUCACAUUUCUUUCUUUCUUUCUUUCCGUCUUUCUUUCUUUCUUUCUUUCUUUCUUUCUUUCUUUCUUUCUUUCUUUCUUUCUUUCUACGCCUUUCUUUCUUUCCCUUUUCUUUCUUUCUUUCCUUUCUUUAUCCCUCCCACCCAGCUGCUUACCAACACCACCAACAAAUCCACCACCGUCUCCCUUUUACUCCAAACUUCCUCCCCACCCGCCAUUCGCAUUCUCCCCUCGCAUUGACAAUAUGUAUCUUUGCAAUUCUACACCUUUUAUAACUAAUGCCAUUUUCUUUUGGCGGGGAAAGAGGGGGCGAUGGUUGAAAACGGGGAAGACAUGGAGAGUGGUUGUAGAAGGAGAAGAAUGA